CUGCUUUGUUGGGCGCACGUUUUCGUGCUGGCUCCAAUGCAGGUAUACUCGGUCUGGGCGGUUUGCCCGGACUGGCUGCUGGUGCUAAUGCCGCGGAUGAUGCUGAUGGUGCGGAAACUAAUAACCUAGAUGUACCUGCUGGCUGUAAUAUGGGCAGAAGAAGAAGUCGUGCAGUUUUGUAUCAACUUUCAGGUCAUUAUAGACCUGAGAAAGUAAAGACUAAGUUAAAAUUGGGAAAUAAAUUGUUGCAUUCAUCUGAAGCUCCUCUUCCUGAGUACAAAACUCAAUCGAUAAAGAAGUCACGCUUCAUUUUACCCCAUUAUGGUGUUUUCAAAGGAUUCUGGGAUUGGAUUAUACUGGUGUCAACAUUUUACGUUGCCAUAUUGGUGCCAUACAACGCUGCCUUCGCCAAAGCGGACCGACAAACAAUGGUGUCAGACGUAUUUGUCGAGGCAGUUUUCAUAAUUGAUAUUUUGCUUAAUUUUCGUACCACUUUUGUGUCCAGUAAAGGAGAAGUGGUAUCUGAUUCAAAGCUGAUAGCCAUCAACUAUUUAAAAGGCUGGUUUGUAGUGGACUUGUUAGCCGCUUUGCCAUUCGAUCAUUUGUAUGCCUCCGACCUUUAUAAUGGAGAGGAAUCACAUAUUCAUCUUGUGAAACUAACACGCCUGUUGCGUUUAGCACGUUUGCUACAGAAAAUGGAUCGAUACUCACAAUACACGGCCAUGAUAUUGACUUUGUUAAUGUUAAGCUUCACGCUAGUUGCACAUUGGUUGGCGUGCAUCUGGUAUAUCAUUGCCGAAAAGGAGCACUUGAUAAAUGACAACGACUGGAAAAUAGGUUGGAUGCAUGCUUUAGCGGAACGAUUACGAGUGCCAAUAUCUAAUAUAACGAAUGCUGAAGCAUAUUCUACGGCGCUCUAUUUUACUUUGACUAGUUUAACGUCUGUUGGUUUUGGUAAUGUUUCCGCUAAUACCACCGUUGAGAAAGUUUUCUCUAUUGUCAUGAUGCUUAUUGGUGCUCUUAUGCAUGCCGUGGUUUUUGGUAAUGUGACCGCAAUUAUUCAACGCAUGUAUGCUCGUCGUUCCUUGUAUGAGAGUAAAUGGCGCGAUUUGAAGGACUUUAUUGCUUUACAUCAGAUGCCGAAGGAACUGAAACAAAGGAUAGAAGAUUACUUCCAAACGUCAUGGUCACUUAACCAUGGAAUUGAUAUAUACGAGACGCUACGCGAAUUUCCAGAGGAGCUGAGAGGCGAUGUAUCCAUGCAUUUACACCGUGAAAUUUUGCAGUUGCCAAUAUUUGAGGCAGCUUCGCAGGGUUGCUUGAAGCUCCUCUCGCUGCAUAUCAAAACAAAUUUUUGCGCACCUGGCGAAUAUUUAAUACACAAAGGCGAUGCACUUAACUAUAUUUACUAUCUGUGCAACGGUUCCAUGGAAGUAAUCAAGGACGACAUGGUAGUAGCUAUACUGGGUAAAGGUGAUUUAGUCGGUUCAGACAUAAACGUACAUUUGGUGGGUACGUCAAGUGGGCAAAUGACUGCUACAACAAACAGCGCAGGACAGGAUGUGGUGGUUCGUAGCAGUAGUGAUAUUAAGGCAUUAACCUAUUGUGAUUUAAAAUGCGUUCAUAUGGGCGGAUUAGUAGAAGUACUGCGCUUGUAUCCAGAAUACCAGCAACAGUUCGCUAAUGAUAUACAACAUGAUUUGACUUACAAUUUACGUGAGGGUUACGAAAGUCAAGAUUCAGACAUUGGGCCAUCAUUUCCUUUACCAAGUAUCAGUGAAGACGAUGAAAAUCAACAAGAUGGUGAUGGUGGUAGAGACGACAAUGAUAAUGGUGUGGCAACAGCAACAACAGCUUCUCCGCAUCACAGCAUAACAACACCAUCACCACUGUUAGGACGUUCGCCAUUAUUAGGUAUGAAUAGUCCACGCAAAUUGAAAAUUAUUCAACGUGGUCGUUCCAAAAUUUCAUUGCGAGAACGUGUAGAACGACAACGCUCUUUGAAUGUCAAUUCAAGCAUAGAGACUGGUUCUUUAGAAGAAGACUUAAAUAUUUACGAAGGAGAGGAAGAACUGCGUGAUACAUUUAAAAGACACUCAAUGGAACGUUUAGAUUCACAAGUGUCCACACUGCACCAGGAUGUGGCACAACUUAGUAUGGAAGUACGUAAUGCAAUACAGGCGCUACAAGAAGUCACAUUUUCUACAAUGGCAUCACAAGCCAGUCUGAAAUUCCCACCGGCGCGUUCUAUACCCAAUAUUUGUGGCACCGCAGUAGUGAGCACACACUUUGUUGCUAGCAAUGCAGAUGAUACACAUUUACAACGUUGUUUAUCACAUCCGCCAGAUAUAUGGGGACGUGAAAUGCAUCUACCACUUGCUGCAAGAAGUGAACAGGUAAAUGUAUGUAAUUCAAAGCCCGGCACACCGAUCGAUACAACCAAAGUAUCGCGGGGAUGUCAAACAGACUUUUUCAAAAUUGAUAUCGCCACUUUUGAACGAUUUGUAUUGGCAAAUCCACGUUUGGUGUUAGGUUUAUUGGGUAUAGAGCCGACAAUAAAGACUGAAAUGGAUAUGCUACAGCAACAACAAACUUUACAAGUAUCGCCCUUAAAUACAAUCGAAGAAGUCAUUUCUCCAUGUGAUGUACCAGUAAGUAAUUGCAAAGAACGUCGUUCAUCAGAUAGUAACAACAAAACCUUCCCACCAUUGGAUGAUGAAAACUCUAAUUGCUUUCGUUGGACUAUGAAACAUUCUGGUAGCAACAGUAGUUGCUGUCGUUCCACAGAUGAGCUAUUGCCUAAUGAACAUACUACAAAAGCAUUAUCGAAGCAUUCAGUUACAACGAAUCGUUACAAUGAGGAAUUACAACUAGAGGAAAAGCCCACAGCAAAGGUGCACAUCAUCAAUGAAGAUGAUAAACAUCACAGAACAUCACAACGUAACUCUUUAGUCUGCAGUCAACAUAACAGCAACUCCAGUUUAUCAAGUAAUAGUUCGACACAUUCCAACUUUUCACAACCCAACAAUUCAACGGGCACAAUAGUUCCAACAUCCACUUCAGCUCCAAUUGCAUAUAAUUGCACUUUAACGCGUCGUACUUCUUGGAAAAUGCAUCAUUCACGCAGCGCAGAAUACAAACGACUACCGGAACCUGCGGAAUGCAAUCCACCUACUAAAAGCGUACCGAAUUGUUAUAAGAAAAAAUCCGAUGAACACCUCGAAUUGCUUACGAACCGACGUAUAUCAGUCACAAAUUUCAGUUCAAACGAUUCUACAAAUCCUACGCAUGUCGUCAACAUACGCAACAACCGUACGCAUUUGGGUGUGAAUGGAACUGGUAAUUCGAAUGGACAAGGCAAUUAUCGCUUUUCCGCAGGUGAUGCAGAUAAAUUAGAAAAAGGACUUAGAGGUUUACAGUCCACGCGUUCACUACGCGAUACUAGCGUCAACUAAAUAACUAAACGAAUUUACCCGCUUUUUCUGUUUGUGCUGAGCUAUGUAAAAACUUAUCGAAUUAUUGACGAAAACAGGACU